AGCUGGGGCAGCAGUCCAAGACCGGCGGUUGCUGCUCCUGGGUCCAGAUCCAGCAGGUUGGCUUGGAGUGGCACCCGCCACCUACACUUGUUUUCGCACUACGCAUGCAUGAUGGGUGGGCGUGCAGGCGUGCAGUGGCCAGUGGUCCUUCUCCCCUCGGAGGCUCGACCUGGGGAAGGCAAAGCCCAGAAAUCAGGGGGUUGAAUGGGAGAGAUUGGACCCAGGGGCAGGGGACCACCCUCCAUCUUCAUCAAGCUGCAGCACUACUCCGUACCGCAAACGCUAAUCACCCCAGGGCAAGCACGGCCAAUUCAACCGUUUUGGCCAGCCAGGCCCGAGACGAGACGAGACUGCACUUGACCAUGUACCCAUGUACCCAUGUACCCGUGUGCCCGUGUACCCACGCAGCAACUUCCCCCCUCCACACUGCUCUGCAGUCUGCGCCUUCUUGAGUGCCCUCCCCUCCAAUCCCUGAGGACAACACCCUUGUCUCUGAAGUAUCCCGGACACAUUAUAACCUUCAAAGUUCAAGGUUGCUGCUGGACGGCAACACCUCUCUUGUCUUGCUUGUUGUUCGUUUGGGCAUUGUAUGCGCCUGCUUUAUUGCCACCUAUUCCCUCUUUUCUACCUGUCUACUUCUCCCCUAAUUCCCUGGACUUUUCCAACCUCUCCCAGCUCGCUCGCUCCCCACGGCCCUGCCUCGAAACUCCCACCCGCUCGCUCUUCAGCUUCACGUCCUCUCGACAGAGACCCCCCACCCGCGGGGCUCCCCAUACAUCCAGCGGCCCAAUUCCUCUUGCCUGCGAGACCGGAGUCAAAUCCUUGGCAUUGUAGCUGGCACCAUCACCUUCCACCUAGGCCUGCUCCUCGUCGUGAACCACGAGCUUGCAACUAGCACCAGCACGCCCUUGCCCCUCCACAGACCAUCCACGUAUACCAGGCAACACACUCAAGAUGAACAUCACAAAGAAAUUCGACCGCGCCUUCCAGUGGGCCGGUGAGAAGAUGGGCUCAGAAGCCCGGACAAACAUGUCUGACGACUUCAAGGCUCUUGAGACCGAGAUGGCCCUCCGCUUCGACGGAAUGGUGAAGCUCCAAUCUUCCAUGAACGAAUACGUCAAAUGGCUUUCCCGUCGUGCCGAGGGCAUGGACCGCGAGAAGGGCGUGCCCGCUGCCAUUCUGGGACGGUCCAUGAUAGCACAUGGCGAGGACUUCGACAACGACUCUGACUUCGGAAAUUGCUUGAUUGCCAUGGGCAGGGGAAACGACCGCGUAGCCAAUAUUCAGGAACAAUUUGCCGCCGACGCCAGUUCUUUCUGGCUCGAGUCACUCGAGAGAUCACUGGCUAUGAUGAAGGAGUAUCAGGCUGCUCGCAAGAAGCUCGAGUCCCGCCGGUUGGCCCUGGAUGCUUCCACAACCAAGAUGCAGAAGGCCAAGCGCGAUGACUUCCGCAUCGAGGACGAGCUUCGUAGCGCCAAGGCCAAGUACGAGGAGUCCUCUGAGGACGUAUAUCGGCGAAUGCAGGAUAUCAAGGACGCAGAGGCCGACAGCAUCCGCGACCUUACGCGGUUCCUCGACGCGGAGCUAGACUACCACGAGCGAUGUGCUGAGGAACUCCGUCGCGUGCGACAGUCCUGGGCGGCUGGCUCGGCCGGGGGUGGUUCACCUCACUCGCGCCGACCUUCUGGGCGCAGCAGGUCCAAUACUGCGGAGCAGUCGUCUUACGGCGGCUCACGGCUCGCGCUCAGCAGGACGAACAGCAACGUCUAUGAGGAAGAAGAGAGCGACGACUUCCCGUCCCACAGCGCACGUGCUCCCAUUCGCUCGCAGUCGCGCGUCAGCACAACCAGCCAAGCGUCCGACCGGCCAGAUGUGCCAAUCCGGCCAGGUAUUUCUAGGAGCAAUACUUACCAGAACGAACGGAAUCUGGGCGCCAACUUGUCCCGCACGACUUCGGGAACCUCCACACCACUCAGGGAGGCACCGCCUCCCCAGAUGAACGUUGGGUCCCUCCGUGGUCAGCUGCGUCCCACUGGGAGCAGCAGGGCGUCCGCGAUGGACGUCUUUGCGGACCAUGACGGCGACGACACUGGCAGCAGCGACACAGCGGAUAGGAGCACAAGUCCCGCCACGAGUUACGGCAGCCUCAGCAGAACGAACACCGCCCCCAGCGUCGCCAUCGGGAAGAAGGCUCCCCCGCCGCCACCGCCUAGCAGGGCCAAGAAGCCCGCCCCGCCUCCUCCUGUGCGUCGGGAGGUCGGAUACUAGGCCUGACUAGCGAGAAGAGCUGGGAUCAUUAUUCGCUCCAGGGGACAGCAAUUGCGUUGAGGGCAAAGCUAUCGUGUUUGUGGGAGAACGGAGGGACGGAGGCACGAAUGAUUAGAGAGGGCCGGCUGGCGUUGGGCGGUGACUGCGUGAUAACAGGAUUGAAAGGAUGCGAGACAUGUUUAGGGAAUCUAGAAUUAUCAUGUCCAGCAUUAGUUCCAUGAGUGUGAGUGGUCUUGAUACCUUGAACUAUUGGGAAGCCUUGUCCCGUGCAUUGUAACGUAGACGUCUGGUACCAUCGAACAGCUCCUUUCGCUCCACAAAGAACAGGUUGUUUGAUUGACAAUUCGUAUGAAUGGAUAGUUGCAAGUCCGUGUGGGAACUCGCCCCAGCUAUGGGCCACAGCAUUCGGCAGACCUUUGGUGGCCCAGUGUUUAGGAUCUGGCCCAAGUGGUUGAGCUCACAAUUGACGGUUGGGGACGUUGAGUUCCUCAGAUGGAACACCCUGUGCAAGGCCACGAUCAAGCAUGCUAUGUUGCUUCUGUUACUGCGUGGCUUGAGGAGCG